AUGAAUCAAUUAGGCAGAUUUGCUCAAGUCUCACGUCUGGCUGAGGAUUUUUCAGUCGAGAACAUGAAAAAUCAGUUCCAAUCUUUACAAACCAAAUUAUCCACCCUGCGUUCUCCACAAGAAUUUUUCAAUGUUAAGAACAUGUCGAAACCACAAAAUGUUGGUGAUUUACAAAAUAGGGUGUCUUUCAACUUGAAUCAUUACUCAAGUAACUAUGCCCUAAUUAUUGGUCUACUAAGUAUCUACACUCUGUUGACCAAUUUAUUAUUACUAUUUGUUAUUAUUCUAGUUUUUUUUGGUAUUGCAGGGAUUAAUAGAUUAAGGGGACAAGACUUGGUUACUCCACUUGGUACAUUUAAGACCUCACAAUUGUAUACUGCCCUUUUGUGUCUAGCGCUUCCAUUGGGAUUCCUCGCAUCUCCAAUAUCCACAAUGUUGUGGUUAAUCGGUGCUUCCGCUGUGACUGUUUUUGGACAUGCAGCUUUAAUGGAAAAACCUGUUGAGAGUGUUUUCGAUGAGGAAACAGUUUGA